AACACGGCCCUGAUGGAUGUGGCCGAGAGCCCUGACCGGGACCCUCGCUCGCCAGAGGACGAGGAGGAGCAGCAGGGGCUCUCUGACGACGACAUCCUGAGGGAAAGCACUUCCGAACCCGAGCCCGAGCCCGACGGCACCAGGGGCAGGGCCUCCGACUUGGAGGACGAGGACCAUGUGGCCGGGGUGCCAAGCCAGGGCGAGGAGGAGAACCGCUCCGAUGACGAGGACCGGGCCAGUGAGCCCAAGUCCCAGGACCAAGACUCCGAGGCUAACGAGCUGAGCAGGGGCCCAGCGAGCCCCCCGGGGGAGGGUGGGGAUGAAGGGGAGGACGACCAGACCAGCGACCUCAGGGAUGAGGCCUCCUCCGUCACCAGGGAGCUGGACGAGCACGAGCUCGACUACGACGAGGAGGUGCCCGAGGAGCCGGCCCCGCCCGGCCCCGAGGAUGAGGCUGAGAAGGCUGGGGCCGAGGAGGACGAGGAGAAGGGGCACGGCUCGCCCGGGGUGCAGGGCAAGGCCGGAGCGGCCCAGGGCGCUGGAGAGAGGGAAGCCCUGGAGGCGGCCAAGGAGAAGAAGAAGGAGGACGACGACGGGGAGAUCGACGACGGGGAGAUCGAUGAUGACGACCUGGAAGAAGGCGAGGUGAAGGACCCCAGUGACAGGAAGGUGAGGCCUCGCCCCACCUGCCGAUUCUUCAUGAAAGAUGUGGUGACUCCACUGCCCACUCUUCCAACAAUGCCACACCCCGCCCCACUCAGAGGCCAGGUUAAAGGGAACUGCACCUGGGGAAUGAACUGUAGGUUUAUCCACCCUGGAGUGAACGACAAGGGGAACUACUCCCUCCUCACCAAAGCCGACCCUUUCCCGCCCAACGGCGCCCCGCCUCUCGGACCUCACCCGCUGAUGCCUGCCAGCCCCUGGGGUGGGCCAGUGGUUGAUGAGAUUCUGCCUCCACCCCCUCCCGAACCCCCGACAGAGAGUGCUUGGGAACGGGGACUCCGGCACGCAAAGGAGGUUUUAAAAAAGGCAACCAUUCGGAAAGAGCAGGAGCCCGACUUCGAAGAGAAGAGGUUCACGGUGACCAUCGGCGAAGACGAGCGCGAGCUUGACAAAGAGAAUGACGUUUUCCGAGACUGGAACUCUCGGGUCCCGAGAGACGUCAGAGACACGGCCCUGGAGCCCUACGCGGACCCGUACUACGACUACGAGAUGGAGCGCCUCUGGCGCGGGGGGCAGUACGAGAACUUCCGAGUGCAGUACACGGAGGCCGAGCCCUACCACAGUUACCGAGAGCGGGAGCGCGAGCGCGAGCGUGAGAACCGGCAGCGCGAGCGUGAGCGAGAGCGCGAGCGGGACCGGGAGCGGGGGGGCGGGGGGGGGGAGCGGCGGCAGCGGGAGCGCGAACGGGAGCGCGAACGGGAGCGUGACAAGGAGCGGCAGCGCCGGAAGGAGGAGUGGGAGCGAGAGCGCGCCAAGCGUGACGAGAAGGACCGCCAGCACCGGGACCGCGAGCGCGACAAGGAGCGGGACAAGGAGAAGGAGAAGCCCAAGCCGCGCUCCCCGCAGCCACCUAGCCGUCAAGCUGAGCCACCAAAGAAGGAGGCCGCCUCCGCAGGGCCGCAGGUGAAGCGGGCCGACGAGUGGAAGGACCCUUGGCGCCGGUCCAAGUCUCCCAAGAAGAAGCUCGGGGUGUCCGUGUCCCCUAGCCGGGCACGGCGACGCCGGAAGACGUCAGCGUCAUCAGCCUCUGCCUCCAACUCAUCCAGGUCGUCGUCGCGCUCCUCAUCCUACUCUGGCUCCGGCUCGUCCCGCUCGCGGUCCAGGUCUUCGUCCUACAGCUCCUACUCCAGCCGCUCGUCCAGACGCAGCUCGCUCUCGGCCAGCCGGUCCAGGUCCCGGUCCUUCUCCUCGUCCCCGUCCCCAUCCCCAACGCCUUCCCCGCACAGACCUGUCAGAGCCAAGGGGGAGCCAGCCCCGCUUCUGGGGAAAGCAGGUGAGAAGUCGGUGAAGAAGCCGGCCCUUCUUCCAGCCCCACCACAGCCCACCAAAACCCCUGCUCCGGCCCCCGAGCCUGCCAAGCCAGGAGACCCUCGGGAAGCCAGGAGGAAGGAGCGGCAAGCUAGGACCCCCCCUAGGAGGCGGACCCGCAGCGGCAGUGGGAGUGGCAGCGGCAGCAGCUACAGCGGUUCCAGUUCCCGAUCCAGGUCCCUGAGUGUGAGCAGCGUGUCCUCGGUGUCCAGCGCCACGUCGAGUAGCAGCUCAGUGCGGACUGUGGACUCUGACGACAUGUACGCCGACCUGGCCAGCCCCGUGUCCUCCGCCAGCUCACGGUCGCCGACCCCUGCCCAGACCAGGAAGGAGAAAGGAAAAUCUAAGAAGGAGGACGGCAUUAAGGAAGAAAAGCGGAAAAGGGAUUCGUCCGCACAGCAGCCCAGAUCCUCGAAACUGCAGGCCGGCGGGAAGUCCUCGCAGCAGCCCACGCCCCCCCCACAGGGCCCCCCCGGGCAGCCCCCACAGGGCGCGUUUGUCACCCACAAAGAGAUCAAGCUGACCCUGUUGAACAAGGCAGCUGAUAAAGGAAGCAGGAAGCGGUAUGAGCCAUCAGACAAGGACAGGCAAAGCCCUCCUGCCAAGCGAGCCCACCUCUCCCCAGACCGCGGUUCUCGGGACCGGAAGGCAGGUGGGAGAAUGGGCUCCCCGAAGCCAGAGCGGCAGAGAGGCCAGAACGCCAAAGCCCCUGUGGCCCCGGCAGACAGGAAGCGCCAGCUGUCGCCCCCGGCCAAGGGGUCCGGCAAGGUGACCAGCGUGCCCGGGAAGGCUGUGGAGGCGGGCGCCAAGCCUGGGAAGGCCAGCACGCUGUCACGGCGCGAGGAGCUCCUGAAGCAGCUCAAGGCGGUGGAGGACGCCAUCGGGUUCCUGCGGGACCCAGAGAGGCCAGGCCCUGAGCCCUCCCACAAGGCCCUUGGUGGGGGCCCAGCCCGGCCUCCCUCAGUGCUUGGGGCUGACAGCACCGCUGCCCUCAGCCUGCACACAUCUGGAACCCCAGGGACAGCCGCUGGCCUGAGCCUGUGGGUCCUCUCAGAAACGUCUGUGGGCAUGAGCAGGAGCUGCCAGGGCGGCCGAGGGCUGGAGCGCAAGGCGCCACGGGCACACCCUGCCCGCAGGCUGCCUCCGUGUGGCCCUGGGCCUCAGGAUGCCUCUCGGGCCUGCAAGGCCAGAUUGGGCCCGCUCACCACCCAGGCAGGGCCCCCGGCACCCUUGGGCUCCUGCCAGACCAGGAUUCCCGGCCGCCAGGCCUGCAUGCCCACUCUUCCCAGGACGCUGGUUAAGGGCCGGGGGGUGCAGGAAAGGACGCAGCUGGAGCUGCCAGCCUCCAGCUACCACGGGGAGCCUCGGGCCAUUCAAAUACCCCCAGAACCUGAGGAGGCGGCCUCUCAUAAGGCUCCCAGGCCCAUCCGCUCCGCGCUGAGGGAGGCUCCAGGCACUCGUACUGGGCAGAGGGCAGUGGGUGCGAACACAUCUGUGCCUCCCCACCGUGCCAGGGGGAGCCAGGGGGCGACAGAGGGCUGGGCCCUGGGGAGCACUCCAGAAGCAAGCGGCCCUGCAGGGUCCAACGUCACAGCAGGGGGCCGGGCAAUGGGGCUGGGCGGGAGGCACCAUGGGCUCUGGGUCAGAAGAGCCCAGCGUGGCUGCGGUACCAGGAGUGGCCCACAGGGGCGAGAGGACUGA